AUGCUAACUGCUCUGCAGAUAGUAAACCUUGGAACUAAUAGCCUGUCAAAUGGACACUGUGCUACAAUGUGUGUAUUAGAUGUAUUUUCUAAUUGUUCUACUCUUCAAGUUCUGGAGCUAUCGGAAAAUGCUUUCAGUGGCAAAUUGUCAAGGGGCAUAGGAAAGCUCUCUCCUAGGCUAUCAGACCUGUACUUGGGUGACAACAACAUCACUGGCAACAUACCAGAAGAGAUUGGCAACCUUACUGAGUUGAUCGCUUUAUCUCUCGGUUUUAACAAUCUAAUUGGGCAGGUUCCGAGUGCAUUGGGCCAUCUGAAAAAUUUACAAUAUUUGGAAUUGAGCUCCAACAAAUUGCAAGGCAAUAUUCCAUUAGAGAUUAACGUGCUGGUAAACCUGGGAUAUCUAUUACUUAAUCUAAAUCAUCUUUCUGGAAGCAUUCCUUCAUAUAUGGGCGGUCUGCAACAGUUGAGGGAACUUGACUUAAGUAGUAACCAGCUCACAGGAAGGAUACCAAAUGCCAUUGGUCGUUGUUUCCGCCUGGAGAGGAUUGACCUCUCACACAAUAGCCUGACAGGAAAUAUCCCUAUGGAGAUCUCAAGACUCCAUUCAUUGCAGUUUUAUCUCAAUUUUUCCUACAAUUUAUUGACAGGUAGAUUGCCCUCGCUGGGAGGAAUGCAGCAGGUUCAAGCCAUAGAUAUCUCAGCUAAUAAACGCUCAGGACCUAUCUCUAGCGACAUUGGCAGUUGCUCAGGAUUGCAAUACCUGAACCUUGCCAAAAACAAAUUGGAGGGAAUUGUGCCAAUAUCAAUAGGGCAACUUAAGAGCCUUGAAAGUAUUGACAUAUCUUUCAAUGAAUUGUCUGGGCCAGUGCCACUUUCUAUUGCGAAUCUCACCAUGCUCCGACACUUAAAUUUCUCAUACAACUACUUGAAUGGAUCGGUUCCAAAUGAAGGGGCUUUCAGAAAGCUAUCCGCAAAAUCAUUUUUGGCGAAUCCAGGAUUAUGUGCAGCCUCAGGCUGGUUGAAUUUACCAAACUGCACAAGCUCUGACAAAAAUCAUGCUGCGUUCAAUAGGAAUAUUGUAUUGAUUGCUUCAACUGGCACAUUCUUCGCAUUGUGUUGCAUUUUGGGGAUUUUUUACACGUUAUACAGAAGAAUUAAAAGGCAUCCAAUUACAAAUAGUUUGUUGGGGGAAGGUUUCAUGCAAAUUUCUCGCCAGGAACUUUACACAGCAACCCAAGGAUUUAGUGCCGCUAAUUAA